AUGUCGCCGAAGCUCAUCGGAUAUGGUUUUAUGCCUGGAUAUACUUGUUGGUCAAAUCAUGGGGAAUCGCUUUCUAACCGUAGUACAUCGUCUUUCAAUAUAGACAAUGAGAAAGAGGAUAAUAAUGAAGAAUAUAUGGAUCAUGAAAAUGCCACUUUAAAUGAUGAUAAUGGCAAUUUUAAUGACAUGUACAAUGAUUUAGAGACUAAUAUUGGUGAUGAUGAGUAUGAAAAAUUAAGAAAAUUACUUGAAGAUGAGGAAAAACCAUUAUAUGUUGGUUGUAAGAAAUAUUCAAAACUUCGUGAUGUUUUGAGAUUGUCUACCUUAAAGUCAACACACGGAUGGAGUGAUAAGAGUUUCACAGAUCUAUUGGUAUUAUUAAAUGACAUGCUUCCAGAAGGCAAUGAGUUACCACUUUCGUUAUACCAAGCAAGAAAAAUGAUGUGCCCGAUGGGAUUAGAAGUUGAAAGAAUACAUGCAUGUCCAAAUGAUUGUAUGUUGUAUAGAAAUGAGUUCAAAAAUGAUCAUACGUGUUUUAACUGUGGCGCGUCAAGGUAUAAGCGUAAAAGCGAAACAGAUGAAGUUGACGAUGAUGUGACGAAAAAUGGACCACCGGCUAAAGUGUUGUGGUAUCUUCCUAUUAUACCGAGACUAAAACAAAUAUUUGCAAACGAGAAAGAAUCAAAAUUAUUGCGUUGGCAUUCAGAUGACCGUAUAAAUGACGGGAAAUUAAGACAUGUGCCAGAUUCACCUCAGUGGAGAACUAUUGAUUAUAUGUAUCCUGAAUUUGGUAACGAGAUCAGAAACAUACGUUUUGGACUUAGCUCGGACGGGAUCAACCCUUUUGGAAACAUGAGUAGUUGUCAUAGUCCGAAACAACCUGGUAAUAACAUUGAUGUUUAUUUGUCUCCACUGAUAGAUGACCUUAAAACUCUAUGGAGCCCAGGAUAUAGUACCAAAGGUAGACUAGCUUGUCCUAUUUGUGAAUAUGACACAAGUUCGAUAUGGUUAAGUAAUUGUAGAAAAACCGUGUACAUGGGAGAUCGAAGAUUCCUUCCGAAAAAUCAUGAUUACCCGAACAAAACAGUGCAGUUUGAUGGAAAAAUUGAGCAUGGAAAAGUAAGGGAAGAAUUUGAUGCAUUUUCACGAGUAAGAAAUUUAAAUGUCGUGUUGGGGAAAAAACCCCAGGGGAAAAAACAAAGGGGAAAAAACUCAUCCUGA